GACAGCUGGACCUACUUUACAAGCUUUCAGCUGCUGGACGUAGUUGUUCGAACACGUGUCGAAACCUUCAUCGGCUUAUACAUCGUGAGAAUGUCACGGCACAGCUACUGCACCCGAUUCCUGUACACCAUCGUGCCAGCUGAGCUUUACUGGAAUGAUGCCACCCUGGAUAAGCUGAACAUGGCUUUCGCUGCAGAUCUGCGUAUGUUGUACGAACAAGGAAUUACGGUCGACCCUCCUCUCGGGCCUACCAAGCUGCACUUUGCCGUGGUGGGUGUGAAAGGAGAUUGGGUCUACUUGCGAAAGGAAUGGUUCAACCUUGCAAUGGAUGCGCCGUGGCGCGCUCCGGGUAGGACCCGGACUCCAUUCAAAAGGGCGGGGUCGCCCUUGUUCACGGUGCCUGGGCUGAGAGAUCCAUCUCGUGCUUUGGUGGAUCCAGCCCACACAUGGCACAUCGGGUCACUAGGUUGCAUAUACGAACCGCGAAUCUGCACUUAA